UUGAGCUAGGCUAUCUGGUGUAACUAAUGUGAAAAACAAACUCUACACACACCGCUAAGUACGUGCAGAAAGGCGGGAAGUAAACAUUUAAAGAAACUUCACCAAUGUCAGAUUAUACGACUAUGACACGAUGCCAGUUGACGGCCAGUUUGUCUUCUCCACAGAGUUGACGCUAACAUAGAUGGACAUGUUUGAAGACGUCCUCCGUGGAGUCGAAGCAGAGCUCGGGCCACUUAAUAUCCACUGGUUUGAGGAGCUUACUGUAAAAGCGUCUCGACAUGGACACCAGCCUGUUGCUGAGGUGCAGCAGACCUCGUCCGUGUCCAGAGCACCAGCGGACACCCCCACCCUGGACAGUCAGGUCUCUUCAACACCCAAAAUGCUGAGGUGUAGAACCUCAGAGUCUCCUUUCUCAUUUCUGGGAGAUUUUUCUGCUCCAGGGAUGCAAACCCCCCUGCAGGGUUUGCUGAGGACUGACUCAAACCCAUGUCUGUUUGGCUCAGCAAAAGACAGCCAACGGACUGAAAAAGAGUAUGGAUCUCGGAAGACAAAUGAAUGUUUUGGUCUGCUGGACACACCGAUAAGUUCUUUGGUACAAGAUUCAGAGGCAAAACGCAUCUCAGAGAGCCUUGGAGCUCAGAUGAAUCCUGACAUAUCAUGGAGCAGUUCCUUCAACACCCCAUCAACACUCACCCCCACGGUUAUUUUGUCCAGACAGGAAACUCAGUCUUCACCAGUAAGUUUUCUCAGAGACAAAGAAGUCAUUAUUGUACGAAACCUAUUUCCAUCACUGUCAAAAGACACUCAUCCAGCAUCUGAAAGGCAAACUUCUGUACAACACAUUGAUCUGAAAGGCCGGGCUGAUGCAAAGGCAUCAAACACUUCCUUAGACGAUUUGGACGGUCUUUGGAAGCAGACAGUACCAGAUGCAAUAAAGGACGCGGAUGUCCGUGGCACAGUGAAGAGUGUCCUUGAUGGUGCCGAGGACGUCCUGUCCAUCUUCUUUAGCAAGAGCAGCUCAGCACUGCGAAGAGUCAAAACCAAAGCACGAAUAAAGAAGAGAACUACUCUGGCAGCGGAGAGCUUUGCACAUCUUACUUUAGCAUCAAAUGUUGAUUUAAGAUCAGUCGAAACCUGCACUGCUGUUAAAAUUGAAAGUCCCCCUAUAAGUAAAGACCUCACACAGUGGACUCCACUAAGUUUAUCUGAUGUGCCAGACUCAAAAACAAAGCAGAUCAUUGCUUCUGAAUUGGCAAACAAGCAACAUAAUAAUUUAUUACUUAACAGUGACUCUGCACAGCACACUUGUAGAGACAGUAAUGCACAAGUUGUUCAGUCUUCAUGCGCUGUUGAGAAACUGCAGUGCUUUCCUGAUUCGUAUUCAGAGAGAGCUCAGGCAAGAGGUUCUUUUAUGGAGGCAUCUCCUUCACUCACGCUCGCUAGAAAACCCAGGAGGUUUGUGUAUCGAGUACAAAGUCCAUGUCCAUCAACUGAAGUAGGAAAGGGGACUGCCACACCAGUGUGGUCCUCGGACACAGACACUGGUUAUUUGACUGUAAAUCAGUGUCUGGAAACAUCUCUUUUUGAAGAGUCCAAACAUGGUGAAGAUGCACGCACAAAAGACACUGGUGAUCAUAUGUUGCAAGCAGGAGAAACUACUGGUAAACAAAUGACUUGGUCAACCCUCAGUGUAGACCAAGGUCUUAAUAUGACACAGCUUUGUGAAGCCUUUGCAGAAGAUUUCACUCAGGGAGUCAAUUUGGACAAAUCGCCAAACCAAAGAGCACAUAGCAAACACGAUUCCCUCGGUAAGUCAUCUUGCAUAAAAAUAAGCAAAGAACAACCUAACACAGUACCUAAGGAACAGUCUGAAGGUGGUGUUGGCUACAAGUGUUCUGAUGGUAAUUACAAGGAAACAAACGCAGCAAAGGUUGAGAGCAUGACCUGUGAACAUCCAAGAUGUGACAGUGGCUAUCCCUCCUUCCUUUCUGAUUCUAGCCGGGUAACUAUAUGCUGUAGUGGUUCUGAAAGUUAUCUACAUUCUGUGUUUAAAACAGCAAAUAAUAAGGAUAUAUAUGUACAGCCAGAAGCUCUAAUGAAGGCCAAAGCAAUGUUGGAUGAGAGAGGCCAAUGUACAACUGCCAGGGUUGUUUCAGGUAUACCUGAGCCAACAAAACCAUCUCUGAUACAAGUUUUAGCAAGCCCUGAUGCAGUGCAGUUGCCUUCAGAAAGACAUGGUCAUGGGUUAAAUUCUGGAAGAGAAACUUCAAAUUUAUCAACUAGGGGUUUAGAGUCUGGUUUUGUAACAGCCUCUAGCAAAAGUAUUACUGUCUCUUCUGAUAACCUUGAAAAAGCUAAAGACAUUUUCAAGGAGUUUGAUGAAAAUACUGACAAAUUGCAAGGCCGAAAUGUGAUGCAUGACGGAUGUCCAGUGCUUGACUUUAAAAGCAGUCAGAAACGUCAAGAUUCUAACCAAAUCAAUGUUGAUUCUUCUUUGACAGCAUCGCAAAAAGCUGAUGUAACAGAAUUGUGCAGUAUAUUGGAAGAGGCAUGCAGUCAGUAUGAAUUUACUCAGGUUAGGCCUACGAAGCUUGGUUUAAAGCCUCUGGAUAGCACUCAUGUUGAGAAGGAUUGGGAUUCUGAUAUACUUGCUGACAUUGACUUUGAUGACAGUUUUAACUGUGCUGUUGAGAGUCGGUUAUCUCAGAAAUAUCAGACCAAGAUAGAUUCACCUACACACCAAACUCCAGUACUAAACAGCAUGCACAGUAAGGAUGAAUCUAUUCAAGCUGUAAGCAUUAGCCAGCCAUGCUGCAAAACUCUCAAAGUGGAGCCUAACACAAGUGAUGAAAAUGAGUCAUAUUGUUCUGGCUUUAAAACAGCCAGUGGAAAAACUCUUAGUGUCUCUGACAAAUGUCUGAGCAAAGCAAAGAGUCUCUUUGCAGAUUUGGAAGACAGUGAAGAAAACAUUGUCACACUUCAGACUAAUCGGCCAGACACUGUUGAGCAAAAGCUAAAACAAUCCCCUAAAUGCCAUACAACUGAGCCCUCACCUGAAGCUUGCAAUGAUGGGUUAUACUGCACUAAGAAACUAAAUAAGCUUGAAUUAAAGGCAGAGGAAAGCCUAUGUAAUGAAAAUUCAGACUCUGUAAUGACAGAAACAGAAAUAUGCAAACACAUAGAUGGCUCAGCAAAUCUGGAAGCAAUGCAGAGAAGUGUUGAUCAGAAACUGAAUUUACUUGAAAUGAAUGCAGUGAAUUUUGGAUUUAAGACUGCUGGAGGAAAGGAAGUAAAGGUGUCUGAAAAAGCCCUUGUGAACGCAAAAAGACUUUUAAAUGAAGUUGAAAACUUUGAAGCUCGUAAUAUGUGUGAGGCCACUGUCUCACUAAAAGCCCCUCCAAAAACAAAAGCUGUCUCUUGUAUCCUGACUCCUGUCCAUGAUCGGUCAAACAUAUCUACUGAAUCUCUAAGAAAGGUUGGUGAAGAAAGGUUUCAUGACAGUACUGAAAAAAAAUGUCAGCCUUCACAAUCCAUACAGAGUGAUGGGUUUAAAUUAGCCAGUGGCAAAGGAGUCUCAGUCUCAGCAAGUGCUAUUCAGAUGUCCAAAGCCAUUUUCAGAGACAUUGAGAACAGUGUAAAUUGCUCCAAUGGAAUUAAAUUGGAGGAUGGCAAUACAAAAUUAGAUUCUGAAGCAAACAGAAAUCAGAACAAAUCUGUCAAAGUAUACAAGAUGGCAAGCAGUAGAGGGGUGAGCAUCUCAGAAAAAGCAUUUAAGGAGGCAAAGACAUUUUUCAAAGACUAUGAUCUUGAUUGCUCAGAUAUUUCUCAAGAGAAAGGAGACAAGUCAAGUGUGAUGGAUGACUGUGGAUUCAAGGCUGUUGUGGUAAGCAUGGUGCAUUUGCCUGAAAUGGACAGACUGAACAAAGAGGCUUUGAGUUUAAAGCAACAGUCCACGGCUUUGAAUAAACAUGUCCGAGAGGAAUUUGCUAAAACUUCAGCGGAGACACUUCAGUCAACAUCUGGCUGCAGUUUCAGUACAGCAAAUGGUAAAACGGUGUCUGUUUCGGCAGAAGCACUUCAAAGAGCUAAAGCAGUGUUAGCUGAUUCAGCUGACACUUCACCAUGUGAAAAGAGAAUGGAAAUUUCAGAAGAGAAGAAUGUUCCAGAAAAACGUUCCACUAUUCCAGGAAGAAGCUGGAACUUCAGUACUGCAAGUGGAAAGAAAGUGGCUGUGUCCGAUAAGGCGCUGAGAAAAGCAAAGAGUCUUUUCUCUGAAUGUGAAGUGGAAGGUUCACUGCUUGAUGAAGGACUUUCAAAAACGGCGGAGACAUCGGCCACAGAACCCGAGUGUGCGAGGUGUUUGGGAUUCAGCACUGCAAGCGGUAAAGGUGUGGCGGUGUCAGAAAAGGCACUGAUGGAAGUUAAAACUCCAUUUGACAACUGCGCCGACUUGUCCGUUGACGUGCAUGACAUCGAGAGUCAUUUGAACAUGCCAAAAGUACAACAGAAAAGCUUCCAUGGUACAUCUGUGAGGAAAUGUAUACCAGCUAAUGCUGGAAAGCCUGAGGGAAAAUUCGAGAUCGUAGAGGAUGGAGACUCAGAGGCCGAUGCCUUAAAGUCAGGAAAUGUUGGUUUCAGCAUGGCUAGUGGAAAAGGUGUGACCGUGUCAAAAUCGGCUCUUGAGGCAGCUUUGCCGACGUUCAAAGAAUGCGAUGCAGAACCAGCUGCCGGUGUCCAUGGCGAAAGUCCACUUAUCUCUGAAUGUCAGGCUUCAGGAGUUAAUGAAAAUAAUCAAUAUAAAAUGGGACAAAUCAUAGCCACAGUUCCAUCAUUCGCAUCACUACCCGCACAUGGUGAUUCUUCUCUGCUCAACUGUCGUUCUUUGAAUACUGGUGGAUGCAAUGAGACUCAGCAGAAAUAUUUGGAGCAGGAAGCAAUGGCGUGCACUAAAGCCCUGUUAGAGGAUGAUCUCGAUGAGCACAGUCUGUUGGAGGAUACUGGUUUUAGGGAAAGUCGUCCUGAGCACAAGUUGUCAAUCGAAGCAAAUAUAGCAAGAAAACGGAUGUCAGAUGGUCGUGGUUUGACAGGGCAACCUCCACUGAAAAGAAGACUUGUUUCAGAAUUUAACCAGAUCUCAGAUGGCAGUAGAGUCUGUACUCCUGCGACAAGCAGUCCCAAUGGGACUCUAAAUGACAGGCGAGUCUUCACAUGCAAUUUGCACUUAAAGCCCAAUAUUACUCUUCCGUCUAGGGAUGUCACAGAGCGAAAAGCAGCCAACCCAGAUUUCCACGUUGCUUUUCCACAUUCUGCUGAUCAAAAACGAGCAGCAGCAAACCUCAAAGCAACAGUGUUUGUCCCCCCUUUUCAAAAGAAUAGCAGGCCCGAGGCACCCAAACCGUGUGUUUCUACAGACAUUGCUAAAGGUCCAAGUGUGUUUGUUCCACCAUUUAAAAAGGAGGACAGCUUGGGAGGUAUUGAUCUCCUGAGGAGUCCAUCCCACAAUUCCAGCGUCUCAAAAUCCUCGUCCAUCUUAAGCUCUGGUCAAGAAAAUAAAAUGACUUUUGUGAAAGGGAAGGCCCACAUAGUUGGGACACAAGAGGAUUGGAAGAAAGAGACAGAAGCCCAGCGAGAUGUGAAGUUGGGGAGUCUGCCCACUGGAACGUCUGAAGAUAAAGUCUUUGAGGUUUGGCAGCAGUCUUUGGAGCUGGCGCGGGAUAUACAGGACAUGAGAAUCAGAAAAAAGAAGCGGCAGACCGUUCGACCUUUGCCUGGCAGCCUGUACCUGGCGAAGACAUCUGGGGUGACCAGGAUAUCACUGAGAGAGGCUGUAGGACACAAGAACCCAGUCCAACACACUCAGGAAGAGCUGUAUCAGCGCGGUGUGCACCGCAAAGUCUCUCAGAUAAGCAGCGAAAACGCAGAGUCAUUCAGGUUUGGCUGGGCUGAAUUCUUCGGACAUGAGGCACUCGCAGAGACGGGCGGCGUCCAGCUGGCUGACGGGGGCUGGUUGAUACCGAAUAACGAAGCAUCUGCAGGCAAGGAGGAGUUCUACAGGGCUUUGUGUGAUACCCCUGGGGUUGACCCCAAACUGAUAAGUGAGGCAUGGGUGUACAACCACUAUCGCUGGAUUGUAUGGAAACAGGCCUCCAUGGAGAGAACCUUCCCCGAAGUGUAUGGCGGUCUGUGUCUUACUCCAGAGCAAGUGCUUCUGCAACUCAAACUCAGAUAUGACAUUGAGGUGGAUCACAGUCGAAGGUCCGCUUUAAAAAAGAUCAUGGAAAUGGAUGACACCCCGGCCAAGACCUUAGUGCUGUGUGUGUGUGGCAUUGCCACUUCAGUCCGUAAUCAAGUGGGAACAGAGAAAGCUGCAGCCCCCACUGAUCCCAGACUAGAGGCUCCAGCUGCAGUAGUAUGGCUUACUGAUGGCUGGUAUUCCAUUAAAUCCCUGCUGGACCUGCCGCUGUCGUCCAUGCUGCAGAAGGGCCGUCUCAGAGUGGGCGGGAAGAUUAUCGUCCAUGGGGCAGAGCUGAUUGGCUCGCAAGAUGCCUGUGCCCCUUUGGAGGCUCCUGAUUCGCUGAUGCUCAAGAUUUCAGCUAACAGCACAAGGCCAGCCCGUUGGGACGCUAAGAUGGGUUUCCAUAAAGAUCCCCGACCUUUCCAGGUGUCCCUCUCCUCACUGUAUUCCACCGGUGGAGUGGUGGGCUGUGUAGACAUCAUUGUUUUGAGGAGCUACCCUACUCAGUGGAUGGAGAAGUUGUCCGGUGGGAUAUUUGUGUUCCGCAAUGAGCGGGCUGAAGACCGAGAGGCCAGACGUCACAGCAGUGCUAAGCAGAAGAACCUGGAGCUUCUGUUCUUUAAGAUACAAGCCCAGUUUGAGAAAGAGGAGGAAAAGAAGAAGAAAACUAGAAAUCAUCGUCGAACAUUCACUCGUCAAGAGAUUGAGAGACUCCAGGAUGGUGAGGAGCUUUACGAAGCCGUGGAGAGUGACCCAGGUUACAUGGAGACCCAUCUGAGCGUACAGCAGGUGGAGGCUGUGAACAGCUACAGGAGGGGUGUGGCUGAGCAGAGGCAGGCGGAACUACAGGAGCGUGUGCGCAGGGCUGUGCAGGAGGCCCACAAGGCUGAAGGGGGCUGUCUCAACCGAGAUGUCACCCCCGUCUGGAAGCUUGCCAUCGCCGACUCCAAUGACCAGCAUGGCAACCAUGUGUACACACUGAAUAUCUGGCGGCCCUCGGCCGAGUUGAGCUCUCUGCUCAGGGAGGGUGGCAGGUACAAGGCUUACCAUCUGGCCACGUCUGAGACCAAGAAGCACUCUGCCAGCGCCCACGUCCAGUUCACAGCCACCAAGAAAACACAGUUUCAGGAGUUGGAGGUUUGCCCGGAACAGUUAAGUAAAUGUUUUCCUUUGAGACGAGUAGCAAGCUUCAGGGAGCUCCAGGACCCCAGGUUCAGCUCCCCGUGCGGGGAGGUGGAUCUUGUAGGAUACGUCAUCUCCGUUUUGGAUAGACAAGGUUCCUCUCCGCUGGUGUACUUGGUGGAUGACGGGCUCGACUUCGUCUCUGUGAGGACCUCCGGGAGCCUGGUCCAGCUAGCGGUUGAGGACCUCGUGAGGCCGAUGGCUCUCCUGGCCGUCAGCAAUCUGCGGCCGCAGCAGCUGUGUGCGCCUGUGCCUGACCUUUACGCUGGAGAGCAGUCCCUCUUCUCCACACACCCCAAGGACCCCCACAUAAAGGGAGCCAUGGCCCGGAUCAACUCUUUUGUCCAGGGUUACAAGUCGUUUUUCAGUGUCGCCGAGGAGAAGCUCUCAAACCUGAUUCCACCUGGCUGUUCAAACUCCUUUCCGUCCCUGAGAACGCCGGGCUUUCUGCCAAAACAGAACAUCAGGAUUGCAACACCCCAGCAAGCAGGCAGGGUUUUUUCCCCUUUCACCCCAGUGUCCAAGCCAAGUCCUUCCCCCGCUGGUGGCUCUGAGCCCAAAGACCCCAGGAGUGUGAAACGAAAGCGUGGCAUUGACUACUUGUCGCGCAUUCCCUCUCCGCCACCCAUCACCCCGCUGGGCACAGGCACCUCUCCCAGCGUCAACAGGACGUUUAACCCUCCGAGGAGGUCCGAGACCCCCCAGUGCCCCCGAUCUGGGCUGGACCCAAGCCCCAGCUCCGCCGCCUUGCCAGUGGAGGAGCAGUGGGUGAAGGACGAGGAGCUGGCUUUGAUAAACACCCAAGCGCUGGAUGGGAUGGGGCAAGCGCAUGGAGAAGGGCCCUCGUCCACCUGAUAGGGACCAGAGCAGCCCCAGGGUCAGCACCGGCUGUUCUGCCCAGAGCCACACGUUUACUGCAUGAAAGCAAAUUGUUUGUACUGAGGCAUCGUUCAUUUUAAGAUAUGACUCUUUUUUUCCUCCAAAUUGCACAAGAGAUUAUUUCUGUGAUCUUGUUACUGUAGGCGAGUAGUUUUUGACCAGUUUCUCCAACAAAAGAUUAAUAAAUGUUCUAUUUUAUUUUUA